CAUUGUGUGUAAUUAUUCACCCAUUAUUCACUAUUAACAAAGAAAGAGAUAUGGCUGCAGUUGCCUCUGCCACUUCCACCGUCCCUUCACUUGCAAAGGCAGUCCAAGAACUGGCCACGAACACCAGUACGACGCCAGAAAGAUAUAUCCUCAAAGAAAGCACUGGUGGCAAAGCCUCUGAGCUUCCAUAUCUUGAUAUUCCAAUUCUUGAUCUUAGCCUUCUUAAUUCUUCAUCGCCUGAAGCUGAAGAAGAACUCAAAAGACUAAGACUUGCAUUUAGCUCAUGUGGUUACAUUCAGGCAAUAAAUCAUGGGAUUGAUACUUCAUUUAUAGAUGAAGUACAUGAUGUGACUAGGAAUUUUUUCUCACUUCCGAUGGAAGAGAAGAAGAAAUAUGCAAGAGAUGCUGAUGAUAUUGAUGGAUAUGGAAACGACACCGUUUUCUCUAAGAACCAAACACUUGAUUGGAAUGACAGAUUGUAUCUCAAUGUGAAGCCUGAAAACAAGAGGAAGAUGAAAGUGUGGCCUGAAAACCCUAAAAACUUUAGGCAAGUUUUGGUAGAUCUUACGGACAAAUUAGAGAAGGUUAAUGAAAUUCUCUCCAAGGCCAUGGCAAAAUCACUGGGUUUGGAAGAGGACUGUUUCUUAAAACAGUAUGGAGAGAAUAUAGUGUCUCUCACAAGAUUUAAUUUGUAUCCUCCAUGCCCUACACCUGAUCUUGUUCUUUCGGCCAAAGCACAUGGAGAUCCAUCUGGACUGACUUAUCUCAUACCAGAUAAAGAAGUUGAAGGCCUUCAAGUCCUUAAAGAUGAUCAAUGGUAUAAAGUUCCGAUUGUUCCAAAUGCUAUCAAUGUUAACAUUGGUGACCAACUCGAGAUAAUGUGCAAUGGUAUUUUCAAGAGCCCGAUUCAUAGGGUUGCAACAAAUCGAGAAAGAGAGAGGAUGACAAUUGCUGUUUUCUUCACUCCUGACCCUACCAGUGAAAUUAAACCAGUUGAAGGGCUUAUUGAUGAGAAAAAUCCUAAAUUAUAUAGAAGUAUUGUAGACUACACUGGUAACUAUUUCGAGUUAUUUCAGAAAGGGGAGAGGCUCGUUAAUGCUCUCAAAAUUUGAUAUUUGUCUGUUUUUAUCUACUCCAAAAAGUAAUUUAAGGUUUCAAUCUGAGAUACAGAAGCUAGAGCUUUUGCUUGGGAUCGAGCAGCAGGAUGCAUAUUUAUCAUAAUAGAAGAGAAUUUCCAAGCUGUGCAAUAAUAAAGUUCAGAUAAUAUUACUAUCUGAUAUGUAUUUCGUGUUGGUGUGUCAGUUAUAUGUAAGAUUUUACCGUGUGAUAAUAAAUAGUAUAUUAUUAAUAA